AAAAAUGUCCACGAGAAACUUCAUCUUGCGUUGCAAAAGGACAAUAAAUGACUGCACAAGACUUCUCCAAACAGAUGAUGCCGGUCAUGCUGUGUUACAAUCCACAGUAACGAGGUUAGAAACCAUGGAAAGGAGCCUCGAGUGGUCACGGGGCAGGCUAAUUAACGUCCCUACAGCUGAUAUUUUACUUCAGGACCUUCGGGAAUAUAUACUUGAAGUCCGGAGAUCUUGGCCUACCACACCCGCACAACAAGGUCAUUCUGGCUACCACGCCCCACUCAUUUUGUUGGGUGGUCGAGGUCCCCCACAAUUCAGCAUUUCGAGAGAGCAACUCUCUUUUUUGAGGAGCUGUGGUUUUACAGCAACAAAGAUGGCACAGAUAUUAAAAGUAUCUCUGCGCACAGUGAGACGGCGAUUGAGGCAGUUCCACAUGCUGGGACAUACUCCACCAUCUCAGAUGCUGCACUAGACAACCUCAUCAAGGAGAUAGUGGCUGGGAAUAACCAGAUUGGCCCCGAAUCUGUCAGGGCACAGCUGCAGGCCCAGCAGAUGUGGAUACAGAGACGCAGAGUGCGGGACAGCAUGAGGCGGAUAGACCCAGAAGCAGCUGCACUACGAGCAAUGUCACAGAGACUGCACCGUAGAGCAUACCGGGUCGCCGGACCUAACUCCUUGUGGCACCUAGAUGGAAACCACAAAUUAAUAAGGUGGAGGAUUGUCAUUCAUGGGGGUAUAGAUGGGUAUAGCCGCCUGGUCGUCUUCCUCCGGGCCUCAGACAACAACAGGAGCAGUACCGUGAUGGCGAGCUUCAUGGACGCGGUGGCCAAGUAUGGUGUGCCCUCGAGGGUCAGAACCGACCAUGGAGGCGAAAACAACUCUGUCUGCCUAAUGAUGAACAUCUUCAGAGGCUCUCACAGAGGCAGUGCUCUCCGUGGAAGAAGCACUCACAACCAGAGAAUAGAACGGCUCUGGGGUGACCUGUGGCGAGGUGUGAGCAAUGUCUAUUACGACCUCUUCAACUUCCUGGAGAGUGAAGGCAUAAUAGACAUAGACAAUGAAAUGCACAUGUGGGCCCUGCAUUAUGUCUAUCUCCCGCGCAUAAACCAUGACCUACGGGUUUUUUUGGACCAGUGGAACAAUCAUGGGUUGAGGACCGAAAGACACCAGAGUCCCAUACAACUUUUUGUCCAAGGUUGCCUGGAACGGCAGGGCCAGACCACUUCUGCCAUGCAGAGCCUCUUUGGUGGAGGACAAGGAGAUGCUCAGGAGGAGCCAGAAAGAGAGGGUGGAGCUGAUGCAGGGGAUGUUGCUCAGGAGGAGCCAGAAAGAGAGGGUGGAGCUGAUGCAGGGGAUGUUGCAUUGGACUGGCCAGAGAGGGUCACCGUACCUCGAAACCAGCACCUGCUAAGCGAUGAGGACAUGGAGCAACUCACCGCACAGUUUGAUCCUCUUGCUGGUCGUAGAGGAGAUCUUGGACUGGACAUCAUCCGAAAUAUACUGUCAUUCAUGGCAACAUUGAAUGUUGUCUGAUUUUGUCACGGACAUGACACAUAUUUCACAGCGGCUGUUCUUUGCCCUUUGAACUCACACUAAUUGCCUUAAAACUACUACUUUGCACAAUUUUCUAGUGUGCAGUAUGUCUAUCCUAUGUUUUUAUGUUGUAG